AUAAUUUAAAAAGAAGGUUAUUUGUUACUGUGCCUUUGGGUGAGGCAAUCGUCUUCAGAUAAAAUCGGAUCAUUGAAUAUGAAGUACCAUUUGAAGGCACUGAAAUUCUUAUCUAAUCAACAUUCAAUAUCAAUGAUAUAAUGAAUCUAAUAGAAAUUUAGAGAAAAUAAAGUAUUGUUCAUUUCAUCCAAACACAAUUAUUCAUUACAUUUAAUUAUUAUUAUUAGUAGUAGUACAACUUCAAAUCAAACAAUGAACCAAUAAAAAUACAUUUUUGAUUUAUUAGAAAAACAAAAAAUAAAAUAAAAAUCAUCCAAUUAAUGUGUAUCUACCAGUAUCUACUAUACAUAUAUAACUAUUUUCAAAGUUCAAUAUACCCAGUAACUAAUGAUACCCUAUAACUAAUACUACAUAUAUAUGUACUCGAGUUAAACAAUGAUUUGUAACUAUCAUGUUUAUUUUGGUCAUUUUCAUUCUUGUUCAUUGAAUAUGAUGAUAUCAAUAAUUAGUAUUUCAUUGGAAUCAUUAAAAUCAUGUUAAUAACACUUAUUACAUAAUUCAUUGAAAUCUAUGAUUACAUAAUCAUUUUCAAUUAUAAUCUUAUUGAAUGGAAUCAAUUUAUCAACCAGUUCAAUGAUUUAUCAAUAUUUAUUAAUGAUCAUUAUUAUUAUUCUAUUUAUAAUUACAAAUAAUUGUGGAUCAGUUCAAAAUAAUACAAAUAAUAAUAUAACUAGUGUUUACAAUACUACUAACAUGAAUACUACUGUUAUGAAUAAUAAUAAUAAUAAUUUAAGUACAGGUGGAAUAAUUGGAAUAAUCAUUGGUUUGGUUAUUAUUACUACAAUAACUAGUAUUAUUAUAUUUUGGUGUAUUCGACUACGUCAUUUAUAUUUAAGUCAACGUCAUACUAAAAUGUAUGAUCCAGAUAUGUUUCAAAAUAGUCAAAUUAAAAAUAAUGGAUCAUUACAUUAUUCUAGUACAUCACAUCAGCCAAUGAAUUCAUUACAAAAUUCAUUAGCAUCUAUUAAUCAUUUACAAAAAUAUUCAUUACCUAUAGGACAAAUGAUUAGCCCUUAUUAUAAACAACAACAAUUUUUUCAUUCCAAUUUAAAUCAUCCUAAUGAAUAUCAUAAUUCAACUAUAGAGAAUUCAUUAAAACAAUUACCUGAUCAUCAAAUGAAUUCUGAUAUGAAUUUAUAUCUUGGAGAACGAUCAAGUUAUACGAAUAAUUCAUAUUCUUCACAAUCUCCUAAUUGGACUGAUCAGCAUUACUUUAAUACAAAUCAUUUCAAUGGUUCAACAUUAUUCGAUGCUACAUCUCCCAAUUUUCAAUCCUAUAAUAAACCUACAACUGAUAUAAUGUUAACAGAGACGUCAACAACAUUACCAACAAUAAAUGAACCAACUUGUUAUCCAGUUUAUGUUCAUCCAUUACAGUCUACCCUGAAUAAAUAUAGAUCUUCAUCUAGUGAAAAUCUAUCAUCACGACAUCAUAAUUCAAGAAUGAAAUCAAUUGCAUUCAUUACUCAUUUAAGUGCAUUUGGUUUAAAGAAUAAACGACGUUUUUCACAAUUAACAACAAAGAAAUUAAGUAAACUAAAAGAAAAUACUACUAGUCCUAAUGAUAAUUAUAAUAAUAAAUCUGGUCAAUUAAAUCCUUUACCAAUUACAGAAGUUUAUGAAUCAGGAAGUUAUCAUAAUCAAAACAUGAUAUCUGAUAAUUUUAAUUUUAAUGCAAUGGAAUCAUUUGAUAAUGAUUACUUUUUAUAUAGUUUACAAACAGCUGUAUUCAAUGGUUUCGUUCCAUCGAAUCCAUUAAAUCAACAAUAUACCUAUCAUGAUUAUUACAGAAUGCCAGGUCAUCAGAUAAUACCAACUACAACUGCAAUAACACCGAUACUUCAUGAAAAGUUCAAUCAAUCAUCAUUUGGUGAAGAUUUAAGUUUAGGCAACAAUCAAUCAACAACACCAUCAACUGGAUAUUAUUCAUCGAAUAGAAAUUCUAGAGUAUUUUCACCUGAUUACAAUAAUAAUAAUAACAGUAAUCGUUUUAAAUUCCCCCCACCCGGUCCACCAGUUGCUGGUUGGGUAAACCAAUUUAUUAUCAGAACAAAUACGCUUGAAAAUUCAUUAUCUAAUGUGAAUACAAUAACAUCAUCAACGUCUCCAUUAACAAGCAUAAUAUCGUUGAAUGAAAGGCGAGCACAUCAAUUGCAACAACAACAACAACAACAACAGAAAAACACUUCUUUCUCUUCAUCAUCACAUAAUACACCAUUAAAUCAUUCACCAAUCACAGCGAUUGAUAUUAUUGGUUUAUCAAGUCCGAUUACUAUACCAAGUAGAUCCAUUUCAUCUGUACCACCAUCUCCACAACACAUUCCAUUUGAUUUUAUUCAUUCUUCUCGUUCAUUGGGUUUAACUUCAUCAAGUGUAAUUCCAAGAAGAAAUAAUUCAAUUACAAAAUAUCCUAAACAUGAAUUACCAAUAAUAGGAAAAAGAAUAAUCCCUAUUGAAACUGAUAAGUUGCCUGUAUUCACCAAACUUGAUUUUCCAGAAUUCCCAAAUGAUUCACUUACUGUAUUAAAAAAUAAUUUCAUAAAACCUGAAAAUAAUAUCUUAUUACAUAAUUUAAAAGAUAAUAAUAAUAAUACUACUAAUACACAGAAUAAUAAUAAUAAUAAUAAUAAUAAUAAUAAUAAUAAUAAUAAUAAUAAUAAUAUGUCAGAACAACAAUAUCUAAGUCCAUUAAAUUGUUCUGAUCCACAACAUAGUGAUAGUGGUUAUAAUGAUUCAUUAAUUAUUCCUGAUCAAAAAUUAUCAUCAUUAUUAUUAUUAUCUUCAUCAUCUACAUCAUCUUCUAUAGUUCAUUCAUCAAUUGAUUUUCAAUCACCAACAAAUUUAUCACCAUUAUUUCAAUAUGAUACUAUACAUAAUUCAAAUGAAUGUAUUUCAAUUACAUCACCUAUAACAACUACAUCAACAAUGAAUUCAAUCUUUUCUGAUACAGUUGAAAUGAUCCAUAAUUAUUCAGUUGUUGAUAAUCAUAUUAACAAUACUGUCAAUAAUAAUAAUAAUAAUAAUAAUAAUAAUAAUAAUAAUAAUAAUAAUAAUAAUAAUAAUAAUAAUAAAAGUAAUCAAUAUGUUUAUUGUAAAUUAGAACUUCCUUUAUCUGUUACACAAUCUAUACCUGUAUCAUUGUCUUCAGUCACAGCGAUAAUAUCAUCACCAUCAUCAAAAAGAUCAUCAACUAGUUCACGAAGUACUGAACCAAGUUCUGCAAAUAGUACUACUGUUAUAUUACGUGAAAAUCUAGAUGUAAAUCGAAAAUUAUCUUAUCCAACUAUGAAUAAUUUCAAUAAUACUAAUCGUAAUCAAACUAUAUUUCGUUCUCCAAGUGAUCCGGAUAUAUUUUUUUCAUUUUGUGAUGAAUCAAUAAAUAAUAAAUCAACAUUAACACAACAACAACAACAACAACAAAAUUUCCUUCAAUUCAUUUAUCAAAUCAUUAUAAACAACAACAACAACAACAACAACAUCAUCCAACUAGUGUACCAUUAUCACGUACAAAUUAUACAUCGAAUAAUAUGAUGAAAUUAAUGAUGAUGAGUACAUUAUCUGAUUCAAUUAAAUAUCAUCAUCUUAUAAGACAAAAAUCUGAAAGUCAAUUACUUACUGAUCGUCAUGAUUCAUUUGAUGAAAUUUCAUGGGAUUUACAACCAACUCCAUUAUAUUAAAUAAUAAUUUCAUUAUCCUAAUAAUAAUGAACAAUAUUUUUUAUUAGUAAUAAUCAUUUUAUUCAAAUAUAAACAAAUAAUUGAUGAAUAUCUACAUAUUUAUAAAGAUUAUUAUGUACAGUCACAUCACCUUGGUAACAACGAGGGGAAUAGAGUAAGCUGCUUUACAUUGUUCAUACUGUGAUAUAUAUCUAAGCAUAUUGGUUUAUUCAUUACGUCAUUAUUACCAUGAAUAAGAAAGUAUUUCAUAUUCAUAUAUUCCUUGUAGAAUACUGGGUUUUUUUUUCUGUUUUUGUUCCUCUUAGAUUAAAUAAUACCAAAAUGAUUAUCUUGAUUAUUAUGAUGAUUAAAGUGGAUAAAUCAUUUCCUCCCUCAUUAUGUAAUUGUUUUUUUGUUUGUUUUGUUCUUCUUUAUACCAGUUUUUUUUUUUUUUGUUUGUUUUUUGUUUGUUUGUUUGUUUAAAUACUCUUCCGAUAUUAUUUCACCGGUACUAUUGCACCCCUCUAAUACAUUAAAUUUAUUAUUCAUUAUUGAUUAUAAAUGAUCAUGACAUGAAUAGUUAAGCUUUUAUUUAUGUUAACUUACUAAACGAUAGAUCUAUCCACUUCUAAUUUACCUUAUUUUGUAUGAAUAGAUGAUUUAUUUGUCUAUUUUUAUUUGGGGGGGUCUCUCUCUCUCUAAACAAUUGUGUGUACGUGUGUGUGUGUGUAUACGUGUUAUUUAGCACAAAAUAAACUCAAUAUCACUAUUUUAUUCUAUUAUGUAACCAAAAGUUAUAUUGGUUCUUUGUUCUAGUGUUCAUAAUAAUAUAAUGUCUUGUUUGUUUGUUUUUCUUGUCUUAUUUUGUUUAAUUUUAAUUCAUAUUUUGACGACGACGACGAUGAUGAUGAUGAUGAUGAUGACGACAACAAUAUCGUCAUUCUUACCGACAUUGUACACUAUUUUUUCCAUGGCUAACUUUCUCUAUGAUAUUUUUCUCUUUUCUUUUCUUUUUUAUCAAUAAUUCAACAUAUGAAAGACAGAAAUGAACAAUUUGAUAUAUCCUUCUUUUAUUCUGCAUUUUUCUAUCAUUACUACUAUAGAUGUUGUUCUAUUUUCUAUAUUCUGCUCAUCUUUUUUGUUUUUGUUUACUGCUGUAUGUUAUUUAAUUUUUCAUCUGGUCUAUUUCCAAAGAAUAUCAAACUUUCCCAUUAAUACUACUACUACUACUACUACUACUACUA